UUCUGGGCCAAUUGUUUUGAAAUUAUUUCUUUUGUCAAUGGCGACUACUGCAACCUUUGCAAUUGGGAUUCAAAUUCAAUUUAUUAAUCAGCAUCAGAAGGUAACUGUUCCCAUCCCUAGCUCCAGGCCUUUUACCAAACACCCUUUUUCAAUCUCUACAUCUUCUUCCAUUCUCAUCCACCCAAGAAGACAGCAGCGGCGGCGGCAGCAGUUGGUUGUGGUGAAAGCAGCUGAAACCGGAAGUAUGAACCAACCCAUUGAAAAGCUUGGGGUUAAGGUCCACACCAACCCUCCCGAAUCAAAGCUCUCCCAACUCGGAGUCCGAACCUGGCCCAAAUGGGGAUGCCCUCCAAGUGAUUUUCCAUGGACAUACAGCAGCAAAGAGACAUGCUAUCUGCUCAAGGGGAAGGUGAAGGUCUACCCCGAGGGAUCGGAUGAGGCUGUAGAGAUAGCUGCUGGCGAUUUGGUUGAGUUCCCCAAGGGGAUGAACUGUCGAUGGCUGGUUUCCGAGACUGUUGACAAGCAUUACAAAUUCGAAUAACCAAAUCUUAUUGAAUAUGGCAUAACAAGACUGUUAUGAAUAAUCGUACAUGGAAAAGGAUUAUGAUGCAAAUAGGGUUUGUGAGUGAGAGACAAACCCUCUCAUCUGUUUUAUUUGUUUUAGACUUAAACUGCUAUAAUAAUAUAUAUAUCUUCAUCUGUUUUUGUUA